AGUGAUACCACGCCUGUUUAAAUUGUGAACUUGAGAAAUUGUUGUGACAUAGUUUCGAUUGCAAUUGUAGUUGUCCUCGUUGCUGAUAAUUAGCUGAAUACAAACAAUCAUUUAAGUGCUGAUAACAAGUGAACCAAGGAUUGUACAACUGUGUGAAGUUCAAGUGACAAUUCGUGCCCGCGAGUUGGAAUUUACUAAAAUUUGUGAAAAUUUGAAAAGCAUAAACAUUACAAACAAGAUGUACGACGAAUCAGUUGUUCCUGUAAAAAUGGAAUCAUUCAGUGGAGUUGCGGCUAAAAGCCCAAUAAGCCAAUGUAUCAAGACCGUGCUCGGGAGAGCCCGUGUGGAGAAGAGGCUGACCAUCGGUCUUCUGCCGGCCAUCCAAUACCUGUCGAAGAACACAAACGGAGCGCUCUUCUGCCUGACCGCAGCGGCUCCCCCUGGCGACAGCGCUACGCACAUGCAAGAAGUGUUGCUACAAGCUUUUUGCGCUGAGAACGACAUUUACGUUAUUAAGGUAGAUUCAGAACAAAAGUUGAAGAAGUUGCUCGGCUUCUCUGAGACACGAAUGGACUUCAGCUGCAUCCUGGUCCACUACCCGUACACAGACCCCUUCAGCGACAGCCAAGAGUUCGACACGUCCGUCCUCUCGGAGGCCGAGAACGAUUUGAUUGAACACUGCGAGACUAACUGGGACUACGCUCAGAUGCCGGUCAUCAAACUGCCAGAAAAGUGAAUACUGAAUAUAGAACAUUUUUGGAACAAAAAAAAUAAUUACUUUUGGUCGUGCUGGCUAUUUCGACCAUUAUGUUUGUUACUUUAGCGCUCAGCGCCAUCUAGUGUUUGGUUUAAACUUGUGUCCUUCGGAUUUGUGUAUAGCAAUUGAAUUUGCAUACUUGUUUUUGUAAUUCCAAUAACACUAGAUAUUAUGUUAUAAGAUGCGUAGUGCAUUUUUGUCACAGAAGUUUUGCGUAGGAGAUUUUGACGAUUUUUGACUAAAUGUUCAAAUUAUUGUUCGCCAAUUAUUUGGCUUGUUUGUACUUUUAAAUGGUGUAAGAUGAUGAGUUAUAUUCAAAGAUUUUUAAGAUAAUUGUAAUCUAAAAAUAUCGAUAGUACCUAUUCCUAUUCUUAUAUCCAAUAAACAGUUACAAUUAAACAAA